AUGAUUCAGACUGCAAAAUUCAGUCCGGCGCGGACAGUUGCGCUUCUACGAGGGCGAGUGUACCUUUCGCGGACUCCAAAUGACCAAUACAGCAGACUUAGCAGCCUCUUAAGCGAUGCUCAGUCUAGUUUGCAAAUAAGCCAUAGCCCGAAAAUCGCGCCUCUGUCAUCAACAUUGAUCUCAAGACGAUUCUUACACUCGACCUCAAUUUGCAGCCAGCAGCAAAAGGAGCAAUCGCAUACGAAACAGCAAGAAACAAACUCCCGCUCCUCCGAAUCGGGAUCCGAGGACGAUACGGGGAACAACAAACAGAACGAAGGCGAAUCUUCUUCUCAAGAACAGAAAAAGAAGGACGCUCCGCCGCCGCCGCCACAUGGUGACAAGACUCCAUGGCAAGUUUUCACAGAAACUCUGCAGUCCGAGUUCAAGAAAUCAAAAGAGUGGGAAGAGUCUACAAAAGCCCUUGCAUCAUCUGCUCAUCAUUUCACUGAGAGUGAAUCUGUAAAGCGCGCCCGUGCUGCGUAUGAAGCAGCUUCGACUACCGCAACAUCUACUACAUCGUCUGCUCUAAAGUCUACGGGAAGAGCUAUUGGACAUGGAGCAGCUUGGACAUGGCAGACUCCAGUCGUCAAAGGACUUCGAAAAGGGGUUUCUGCAACCGGAAAGGGCAUUGAAAAAGUGACUCGUCCGGUCAGAGAGACUGAGGCUUACAAGACCGCUGUGGGAGGUGUCAAGGAAGCUAUUGACGAUGGUAGCAGUUCCCGCUAUGGUGGGUGGAUAGAAAAGGAGGAGCGUCGCCGCCAAAGGCAGCUCCGUGAAGCAAAUGAGGCGAAAUCUGGCCGAACGACCAAGGCUGAAAUUAUGGAAGAGGACCCCAAUGCUGGAACGAGCCUCACCGUUCAUAAGGACUCAGCUUGGAAAGAGUCCUGGAAAGACUUCCGCGAUAAAAGCCCUGUGAUGCAGAGACUUUUCUCGCUCAAAGAUACAUACAAUGAAUCCGAAAACCCCCUUAUCUCAACAGCACGCAGUAUUUCAGAUCGCGUUGCAGGUUUCUUUGCCGAAAAUGAAACCGCGAGGGUCAUCAAAAAAUUCCGUGAGAUGGAUCCAAGUUUCCAGCUCGAGCCAUUCCUACGAGAGAUGCGUGAAUACAUAUUACCGGAAGUCCUCGACGCAUAUGUCAAGGGAGAUGCCGAGACUCUCAAACUCUGGCUAUCUGACGCACAAUUUUCUGUAUAUUCCGCAUUGGCACAGCAAUACACAACGCUCGGCAUGAAAUCGGAUGGUCGUAUCUUGGACAUCAGAGGAGUUGAUAUUGCCAAUGCUCGGAUGCUAGACCCUGGUGAUAUUCCUGUCUUUGUGAUUACAUGUAGGACCCAAGAAGUCCACGUCUAUCGCAACGCCAAAACAAACGAACUCGCUGCAGGAAUGGAGGACCGAGUUCAGCUUGUCACCUAUGCGAUUGGCGUUACCAGGAUCCCCGAGGAUGUCAAUAACCCAGAGACACGAGGAUGGAGAAUGAUUGAACUGCAAAAGGCGGCAAGAGACUAUAUUUAA